UGCUGCUCACGUUCACGUGACACUGGUAGCGAAGAUGGCGGAAGUGAACAUGUUAAACAAGAGUUCUCUCAGCAUGACACUUUCUCCCUUAUUAUUUGCCUGUUUAUUAAUUAGCUGCUGUUAUGGGCAAGUACCACUGGUUAUGUGGGCAAGCGAAGGGAAUACUCUGCCAUCUCUGGACCGUCCUACUGUUGGCAAGAUGAUGUCCGUAGAUCAAGUAAAGUCCAUCUUGACGUCUGCUCUGGCCACCGCGCCGCACACUGUCCUGCUGUUUCUACAAGACAAAUUGAGCAUGGAAGACUUCACAGUGUAUGGCGGUGUGUUUGGAGACAAAGAGGACGGAGCCUUCCCCAACCUCCAGGCAUGCUUGAAGGUAGCCUCCUCCCCACUGGUCUUGCCCAGUUUAGCCAGGGGUGUGGCUGCAGAGGUGCCUGCUCUGCUGCAGGAUUCUCUAGGCACCUCGCCACUCUACACUGACCUCUCCAGCCUGGCCCAACAGAGCCUGGCCAGUGGCCCCGCCCUGCUGGUCAUCGGUCUGCCUUACAGCUCAGGGCCCCAGACAAAGAAGGUCCUUCAUCAGAAUGAUGAGAUUAUAGGGAAAGUGCUGCAGAUCAUGAAGACAAAAAAUGUGCCAUACACAGCCAUCUACACCGGCCUCCAGCCCUCCUGGGUGAUUGAGGAUACCUCUGUGAUCAUUGAGCCACUGGUGAGCCGCUCCUUGCUCCAGUCCCCAGAGCCUGGAGUGAAGCCCCCGGUGGUGUUCAACGGCACUCAGGGCCCCUGCAUUCUGCUGUGGGCAGACAGCCUGAACGUCAGCUUCUCGCGGGCCAGCGACUCCCAGUGGAUCACUGUGGAUUUGGCUCCCCUCACCUUCACUCCUGCGGUGUCUCUGACUGGAUCCUCGUGCAGUGAUAACUCAUCAGUCCUUGUACUCAACUACAACAACGUGCUCGGCUUCACCACCUUUACACUGACAUUUGUCAUGACAAAGCGUUACUUCCCUGUAUCGGCGCGGAACUGGACACUGGUGGAACAGGUCAGGCUGGGCUACGACGGGGGCCAGACGGCCACCUUUAACGGCAGCAGGGGCAUCUACUCACCGGCCGAGUAUUCCUUCCACUGCCAGAUGGUCAGCAGCAACCGUGACCCACUGUUGGUACCCCACAAUUCAACGGUCGCCGAGAUGUGGCGCGUCCAGUUCACCGACUUCCAGAUCCAAGGCUUCAACGUCACGGGGAACUUCUCCUACGCCAGUGACUGCGCGGGCUUCUUCACGCCAGGCAUCUGGAUGGGUCUGCUGACCUCUCUGCUGAUGGUUCUCAUCCUCACCUACGGCCUGCACAUGAUCAUGCAGCUGCGCACCAUGGACCGCUUCCAGGACCCCAAGGGGCCCAGCAUCUCCGUGCCCCUCAGCGAGUGAGCGUGUGGCGGUGGUGCUGCUCUGGCUCUCCCCUCCCCUCGUCCCCUUCUCCCUUUGCUCUGUUUUAAGUGUCUCCUAGACUUCUCUCUCGAAGGGCCCUUUCAUAGGCUGUUCAAAAGCUACAUGGAUGCCAACGUGUCAUCCAGAUGUUUGUGACGUGUCUUAAAUGCAAGUGCCGUUUCACACAUUUUUGAUAGGGCCGCGUAGUCCAUGUGCCUUGUGUAGGCUGCGGAAGGGCCUGUAAACACCUUUGUGAGCCUUGUGGAUACAACUGUGUCCGGAUAGUUUGUGUAGACUAUGAAAUGGCCCUUGUUGUUGUUGUUGUUCUUCUUCUUCUUCUUCUUCUUCUUCUUCUUCUCUCUUGAUUAUUGGGUUCACUCUGGAUCUGUCUUUCUCUAUGUGAAUGUUCUUUUGCCACAUGCUGUAAACUGGUAUGAGGACAGUUGGAACCCAAUGUUACAGUGUCCACCUGUGGAUCAUUUCAUUCCUAGACCCCAAACUCGAUACUCCUUCCUUCCUCCACCAGAUUGAUAUUUAAUUAAUGUCUUUGUGUGUGUGAGAGAGAGAAUGGCUAUAAUUUUAGUUUUUUUAGUGUGUAUGUACCCAGUGUAAAGUCUGUGAUAUCAUGUCAAAAUGCACUGUCAGAAUAUUUAAUUUAUACGUAUGAAGAUGAGAUAUGCAGCCUGUUGCCUGUGCCUGUCGUCAGUCUGACCCCUUCUGAGUGGGCAGCUCUUUCUGUUUCCCUGGUAACCCUUACUCAGAAUUUUUUUUUUGUUCUGUUGUGUCCACUUUUCCACCUCGAGUGCCUGCAGGUCCGCCUGUUCGUCUUACCCCCAUAUUUAUGUCACAAGUGCAUUCAGCUUUACAUUGUUCUGCUUUGCCACCUGUUUUACUGAUGGCCUGCCUUAUCUCCUUACUGAGUGCCAAAUUAGAUUCACUGUGUACGACUAUAUAGGCAUUGAGGUGACCUCACAAGCAUUCGUGAUGUCAGCUAAUAGCUGAAUCAAUCAAUGAUGAGUCAAAGCAUCUCAGCUGCUUUAGGAGAUGCUCCACUACCAGUAGUUUUAUAUGAAUCCUGUGGAACGGUUUCACUGUUGUGAAUGUGGGCUGAUGGCUAAGAUAUUUUUCAGGUGCCAAAUCCUUCCCUGGAAGCUGUGCAAUGUAACCCCAUGGUAGGCCAAGUGAGGGUUGUGCCUUUAUAGAGUAAACCACGUGCCUGUCUGACACUUGUACUGUGCGUUUUUUGGUCUUUGUCAUUCGGAAAAACUUGCCAACUCCAUUGUUUUGUGGGCCUGAUUUAGCUUGAGAGUAAAAAUAUACGUGUACACAUUUAAAUUCUCUGUAGUUGAGAAGGAUCAGCAGUGCCUUAGAUUUGUUAGAUCCACAUAUACUGUACCUCUGGCAGCGUACCAAAUAUUAAGUGGACUUAUCAGGCUAGAUUGAUCUUGUUUCACAGUCCACUGCCUAUAGAUUUGUGAAUGGCAAUGCACACAUACCUGAUUGCAGUAGCGGAGUAGUGAUUGGGAGAAUUCCCAGCCUGCCGGGUUGAUAACUGUGAUCUUAAAAAGGGCAUGAUAUCGCUCUUUGAGUAAGUUCUUUGCUGCGCCCACCAGCAGCCUGGACUGUGUGAUCACAGCCCCUCACUCUCACUCCCCACAGCCCUGGUAAUAACGAGGUCAUAACUUGAAAUGCAGGUUAUGAGAUAACGUAAGAGAUGGGUACAAACUACUGAAGAUUUAAAUUGAAAUAACCCCUACCCUCCCAUUGGGAACUUGAAUUCUCCUGGUAAUAUUUAGUGCUCCACUCCGCCCCUUGCACAUACCUGAUUAUGUGUGUAAUUUAUAAUGUCUCUUCCACUGGCUUAACCCAAGCUCUGGAACAGGCCUUUGUGACUGACAACAGCUGUGAUUGUACCAAUAUUACAUCUCAAAUACAGAAGGCACAAACAUCAUUCCAGUUUGUUCAUUAGGACUACUAGAGCUAAUAAAGUGCAUUUGAUGUUUUUUGAAAA